CUGCAGGACUGGGUGCUGUUUGAGGUCAGCAAGGUACUGGAAAAGGGAGGAGACAGCAUCAUAAAUUCUGAAACCAGACCUACCUCUAUCACUUAUAAAUGCAGCUCGGGGAAAGACAAUACAACUAAGAUAAAGGAACGAAGGGAAACAACAAGAAUACGCCAGCCAGUGUCAGACUCAAGUUUCAGCACCACAGCCAGCUCCUGAUCCCAUCUCAGCUGCACAGACUGUUCCUGAUCCAAACCAAGCUGCACAGACUGUUCCUGAUCCAAUCCAAGCUACACAGACUGUUCCUGAUCCCACCCCAGCUCCUAACUCGGCUCCUGAUCCAACCCAAGUUCCACAGCCAACUCCUGAUCCCAGUUCAGCACCCCAGACGGCUCCUGUAACUGUCAGAUGAUGGAAGGAGUUCUAGUUUUUUGGAAAUAUCGCACUCUCUUCUCCCUCGUCCUCUGCACGCUGGCUCUCUUCAGGGUCCAUUUAGCCCAGGCAGUCCCUGCACCACAGCAAAAUAUCGACCCCUCUUCUCUCUCCAAAAUAUCCCCCCGGGGCAGCCACUGGGCUGUGGGUGAGUUCCUUUGUCUUAUUAUAAGCUUCGCUUGUCCUGUAUCCUUAGAUUGUAAGCUCCUUUUAACAGGGCUCGCAGUACUUUCUGCUCCUAGACAUCCACCCUGUCUUGUUACGACUGCUGGCUGAUAGUCCACCUAUUGAGCAGCGUUGCGGUAUAUGUCGGCACCUCAUGCUUAAAUAAUAGUCUUCUAUGGUAAGUGAAACAUAAAGACAGAUUGAGCUCCUGUCUGAUUGCUCAUUACUUCUUAAAUAGCAGCCAUGGUGUCCUGUUCCAAGUCAGUAUGAGUGAGGGUUGAACUGAGCGGCAAUCAUUUUGUCAGAGAAGGGUUAUAAGUUCAUUUAAAUUUUUUUUUUUUUUUAGUACUUAAUGGUUAAAGAAAUGUGACUGUAACAGUUCUAGAAUGUUGGGCUGAGCAAUAGAUUAGCGCUGUAUUGACACAAUUACUAGCAGUAACACUGAGUAAUAAAUAUACUAAUCGUGAGAACCACCUAUACAUAAAAGUUAACCGUUUGCUUGCCACUAGGUUAACAUAAAGAGUCCCAUUCCCUGCUUAUCCUGGGUUCCCCCCUGAGCCCCCAAUUAACUAAUAAUAAACAUUGACAUAUCAAUAAUAAGAUUGCUGCUCUGCUGUGUGUGCCCAUACAUAGUAUACAUUGUAUCUGUCUGUAUUCAGCCUGUCUUUCUGAUAAUGAUGUUAUAUUAUGUCUUUACAAAGUGUUAUCUGAUAAUGUUAUAUUAUGUAUAUACAAAGUGUCUGUCUGAUAAUGAUGUUAUAUUAUGUAUUUACAAAGUGUUAUCUGAUAAUGAUGUUAUAUUAUGUAUAUACAAAGUGUCUGUCUGAUAAUGAUGUUAUAUUAUGUAUUUACAAAGUGUCUAUCUGAUAAUGAUGUUAUAUUAUGUAUUUAUAAAGUGUUAUCUGAUAAUGAUGCUAUAUUAUGUAUAUACAAAGUGUCUGUCUGAUAAUGAUGUUAUAUUAUGUAUUUACAAAGUGUCUAUCUGAUAAUGAUGUUAUAUUAUGUAUAUACAAAGUGUCUAUCUGAUAAUGAUGAUAUAUUAUGUAUAUACAAAGUGUCUGUCUGAUAAUGAUGUUAUAUUAUGUAUAUACAAAGUGUCUAUCUGAUAAUGAUGAUAUAUUAUGUAUAUACAAAGUGUCUGUCUGAUAAUGUUAUAUUGUAUACCUAAUGCCUCUAUCUGCUAAUAAUGUUAUAUUGCAUAUACAAAGUGUCUAUCUGUUAAUAGUAUUAUAUUGUAUAUACAGCGUGACUACCUGCUAAUAAUGUUAUAUUGUACAUACAACGUGUCUAUCUGAUAAUGUUAUAUUGUACAUACAGCGUGACUACCUGCUAAUAAUGUUAUAUUGUACAUAAAACGUGUCUAUCUGAUACUGUUAUAUUGUAUAUACAGCGUGACCACCUGCUAAUAAUGUUAUAUUGUACCUAUAACGUGUGUAUCUGUUAAUUGUGUUAUAUUGUAUAUACAACGUGUCUAUCUGAUAAUGUUCUAUUGUAUAUACAGCGUGACUACCUGCUAAUAAUGUUAUAUUGUACCUAUAACGUGUGUAUCUGCUAAUGAAGUUAUACUGCGUGUACAAUGUGUUUAUCUGUUGGAGUUAAAUCCUGUACACAACGUGCAAAUCUCGUAUAGAUGAUACUUUGUAAUUGGCUUUUUUCCUCUUACAUUUACGUCAUCUUAAUUAAGAUGCUAAUUACUAGGAUUCUCUAGCUAUCCAACAUACUUGGGUUGAACCCGAAAUGAAUUAGAAGGGGACAGUCCUCCUCUGAGUCAUGUGAUAUUAUAAAGUCUGUUUAUCCAGAUAUUUAAACAUAAGGCAUUUCUGAUAAAAUGUUACUCUUUCUACAUGUGUUAUACAAAUUAUUUCGUUUUAGUUUAUUUAGAUCUCGUUACAGACCAUUUGCUCAGUCUGACUCUAUAUGAUGUAUAGAUAUAAUUAAUAUGUACACCAGUGGUACAGCUUAGAAACAUACUGGCAACAUCUAAAGAUUGCAUUGGUCAUUUUUAAAUAAGUUAUUAAUCAAUUCUAUUCUACAAAUGUACAGUUAGAAAAUUAUUUCAAGGAACGAAUUUUAUCCAAAUGGAGAAAAAUAAGUUUCUGUUAACUUACUCUUAGAAUAAUAUUUCCUAUAUUAUAAAACUUCCUUAAAAUAAGAGUUACUAAUACUCUAGCAUUAAAAUUAGGCUACAUUAAUUGAUAAUAUUAGCUAAAUAGAUAGACACACAGAUAAAGACAGAGAUGUAAAGACAGACAGACAGACAACAAUUUGUCUAUUCACUGUGCAAUUUUAAUGGCAUACAAGAAUAUUUAAAAUGAAAACGCAUGUACAUUAUAAUAUUUAAACAAGCAUUUUGUAUAUAGCCCUGUACAUUAAACAGAUCACCCUUAUUAUUUUUAUCCAUUUGCCAAAAUUGGGAUAACUCUGUUUGUUAAGAGAUUUGUAGUUUAAUGAAAUUAUUUUCCAUGAAUUUCGGGUUCAGAUCUUUAAAUAUAUUUAAAAUUAUAUUGCAUUUUAUUUUUUCCUUAUAAUGUUUUAACCUAACACAUUUUUUUUCACAAGAAUACGUUUUAAUAAUAUUUUUUGUUUAUCUUGCAUUUGCUAAAAAGGUCAUUUCAAUUUAUCUAGUAAUUUCUCUACAAUAUUUUCAUUCUUUGCCUGCGGAAUCUUUCCAUUUAGAAAUUAAAAGCAAAAAUAAUAUUAAAAAAUCUCUCUUUGAAGAUAUAUAUAUCCGCUAUACAUUGGUGGGACUAUGUGCUUGUUCUAAUAAAAGUAGAGGUGGCUUUUGGUUGUAGCUGCUGUAUACAGCACCAAACCUUCUGAAGAUUGCGCACCCCCACUCUGUCUGUCUGUCUGUCUCGUUGUCUUUGUGUCUUUUGCAGUUAGUGUAUUUCAAAAUUGAAAUGUACAAUUUGUAAAUAAGACAUACCAAUGAAUGAUGACAAAUGUAAGUAAGGGACUGGAUGUCGUAAGGCAUGGGUCCUCAAACUCCGGCCCCCCACAUGUUGCUGAACUACAACUCCCAUGAUUCUUUGAAUUACAUAGAUAGCCAGAGAAUCAUGGGAGUUGUAGUUCAGCAACAUCUGGGGGGGCGGAGUUUGAGGAUCCAUGGCGUAAGGAAUGGUCAAAUGAGCUCACAAUCUAAAGAGAGUACAUGUGUUUUUACAUAAAUGUGAUACAGUCAAAUAAUGCUCAGGACACCACAGGGGAAGACAGAGGUGUACUAUUUCUAAUUAACUAUAUACAUUGUUGCUAUCGAGCACAUGACAUGCAUUAGUAGAGUAAAAUGAUGGUAUAUGGUCAUUACAAAGCUGGAGUAGAGGCAGAGGAACCAUAAGGGUUGUUUGACGAUGACAAUGUAUCUAUGAACUUCCCUGUACAAAAUACAUUUGCAUCUUCCCCAUGAAAGUGUCAUAAAAUGCUUAGAAUGUACAAACACUUAGUAGCUAGCACUAGGGAUUGUUCCCAAUCUGGAGGUAUCAAACCAGUUUUAUAUCACUGGUUUUAUUACAGAUGGAAUCUUUAACAUUAUAUCAGACUAGAGGCACACACAGAUCCUCAUUGCACUAGAGACACAGCAAUCCCAGAUGAAGUUACAGGAAGUUUGAUAAUUUGUGGUAGAGAAUUCCUUAAGAAUGGAUCAUCCCUAGAGAAGUCCAGCAAAUAGGAACUGGAGGAAGGAUGAAAACAGUAGGCAGUGGCAGGCAGGCAGUCAGAGGAUCAGAGGGAGUGAUGGGUUGCAUGAAAAUGACACAGAGUCUUUGACACAUCACUAUAAAAGUAAUACAAUCCACCUUUUGUUCUGGUUUUUGUAUUCGAAGGACACCUAAUGGGAAAAAAGAGCAUAGAGGAAUAUCCAUAUGGCUACGAUGGAGGGGACAAGGUCCUGGCUGCGGCUUACUCUGACAAACCAAUGGAGGGGUAUCAGCAGUGGAAAGAGGCACUCAUCAGUAUAUUGAGAAUGUUAGAGACAAGUGAUUCUAGAAACAGUCAGCCCAUCAGAGACACAGUGUCUUUUAACAAGAAACCCUGGGACACAGAGGACAACAACAAUUAUAAAGAGGUGAGAAUGUGUUUAAUUUUAUAUUAUGUAUAGUUUUAAUUGCAUACGACUCCAUAUCACACAUUAAUUAAUUUAUGAAUGUCUAAUGAAGAUAGAAUUAUCUAUCAGUCUGUCCAUCCGUCCGUCCGUCCCUCCCAGUUGUAAACUGAGGCUCAAAUAGUUGAUUGUGAAAUAUUUUCCAACUUAUUUAACUUGGGCUGAGCAAUAGAGCUCAUGUCACAGUUUGACUAUUUUAGCCUUGAUUUUACAAUUCAGGUUUCAUGAGCUAAAAAAAACCUCAUACUUUAGUGAAUAGUCCUGUUUGUAUAGUAAUAUUAUUAUUGCAAUGAUCAAAUAUAUCUAAGUUCCUAAUUCUGUUUAGCGUACCAUUUCUUUUGUCAUUUUUAACCUUCUUAAACAAAGAUAUCAGUAGAAUGAGUCAUUGAGGGGCAAUAGCCUCUCACCCAAAUAUUUCCUUUCUCUUGAUUUGAGUGUUACAGUUCUUAUUCAGAUAAUGUCUUCUGCUUAAUUUGGAAUAUUUUCAGUGGACACCACUGCUUCUCGUUCAGAAGGAUCACUUAUCUGCCAAAAUCACAAACAAUACAAGGUGUGAGCCAGUAUGCAUUAUUGAACUGCCCAUUGCUUGUGUAUGAUGUCCAGAUUUGUGAAACAUAGUAGUCAUGAAUACUUGCAUAUUUCUGGUAAAUUAAGUGGUGUUUCUAAAAACAUAAAGAUAAAAUUAACUACUUUGCUGACGGAGGUGUAAUUCCACCUCCGGGUGCUUCAUUUGGCCAUCAUCGCUGGUCAGUCUGGAAAAGAGUUACGGAUUGGCUAAUGUAAUUUCUGGGAAAAUUUCUAUGCACAAAGCUGUAUUCAUUGGAUGAGAGUGGUCAUCUGACACUCUAAGCCAAUCAAUGGCUGCUGGUAUCAGCAUUCGGCUAAUGCACCUCUGCAGAAGCAGAAUGUACAUCACUGGCCAUAUUAGACCCUCAGCGCCCAUCAGAGACUGAGAUAAGAUUCCAGACCAUUGCUUAAUGGUUUGCCUCAUUACCAGAAAAUAGGGACAGGGUACCGCUGACAUCACAAUGACUAAACCAGUCUGUAGUGAUUAUGAUGCUUGGAAAAAACAUUUAAUAAGUCGUAUAUGAAAAUGUAAUGAAGUGAAAAUUACAAGUCAAAAUAACAUUUAAUAGUUUCUAUCUGCUUAUUGAACUACUCAUUGCAACUACUGGACAAGUGUCAGUUCUGUUACCUAAAGAUAUAUAUCUAUGUGUAUACUUAAUUGACAUGGCUACAGGAUAUUCUAUUACACAAUCAUGUUAUAUCGGAUACUGCUUUGUUGCAUCAUUCUCGCACCGUGCACAUAUCUUACAUACACAUUCACUCAGAUAUUAGAACUCAUGUUCAAAGUUAGAGAAAAUAACUUUUAAGUAAAACCCACCCUUAACUCAUGCACCCUUGCCAGAGACUCUAUAGUCAUUAAUCCUUCCACAUAUGUAGAGAUCAGUGUGUUUUAACUCUAAUAGCAGUUCUUGAUUUCAGACUUCCAUUAUUCUGUAAGACGUUAAUGAAUAUAACAACAGUAUAUAAGAAAAUGUUAGUAACUAGCAAUACCACUUAGAAAAAAAAAAACAACUGAAAACCUUGUUCUGUGUAAAACGAGUCAAAACCAUCCCAGAUGGGUUAUUCUUCAAGUUGUGCCAGGAAUGCCACUUAAGAAUGUUGAACUACCGGUCAAGAGCUGGGCAUUCUAGUAUAUGAAGCAAUGGAAAUGAUUGAGAUCUGUCCAUUUGUAGAAUAUUGCAUAUGCUAUGUGUUCCUAUUCAAAUACAUAUUAAGGUGUGGCUGUCUAAUGGGUUAAAAAGAACAGAUGGUGUUUGCUAGUCUCUACCAUGGAUUCUGGAAUGCUGUAUUUGGGGAAUUUCCUUAUAUGGCCAGAGUUUAAAUUAUACGUUAUGACGUAAUUUGGGCUAUAAAGGGCAGAGGACAAAGGACCAUGUGCUCUCUUCGCUCUCUUCCUUCCAAGAUCUGCUUUCCUCCCUGAUGUCCUGGGUUGCUGAUACAAAAGAAAGACAACUACUUAAAGAUCUCACUCUCUGUAACAUCGUUAAGAAAUACCAUCUGUUAAGUAUAUUAUUGUUUGCUGUUGAAGUAGAAUAAAUGCAUAUUUUUUAUAAAGAACGCCAGAUUGCGUAUUAGUACUUUUCAUUAAUAUAGACAUAUAUUAAUGUUGCGAGCCUUUGACCCAAGAAGAAAUAUCUAUAUAUAAAAGACUUAUUCAACUAAAUAAACACAACCAGAUAUAACACCAUUUAUAUUUUUUAAACUCGUAACGCAUUUACUGUUCAACAAUAUUUUUCUUCAACAUUUCGAACAAACACACUGGGUUUUUAUCUGGUUGGACAAACAUAUGAAUAUUUAACAUGAUUCAUUCCUUAUUAACUGUGUGAUUAUUGGUAAGGAUAUGAAUUGUGUUUUUAAUACCAUAUUUAGUCAAAUAUAUAUAUUCAGCUGAGUUUCUUAUUAUGGUAGAAAAGAUGGGCUUGUUUUGGGGUGAAGGUCCAAUAACUUCUAAGGUGAAAUAGAUGACAUCCCUUAGCAUGUUGCAUUUGCCUCAACUCCAACCAACUGCUCCACCAAGUGAAGCAACAAACUAAAACAGGGUGCAAAAGAAUACUGAGAACAGACAACAACACAAUUAGAACCUAAACCAUUUGAAUAUCAGACUGAUCUAGCCCAUAAUAGCAGUCCAUAUCCAAAAUGCUGUCUUGCUCCCUCUAGGCACAGUGAGCAAGGGGUCAAUUUUUUAAUUACCCUUUAACCUCAGGGAGGGUAAACAACCUGAAGCAACAACUUUUCUUAAACAUCAGCGUCCAAGGGAACCCCUCACAGACUCUGACGUAGGACACAUACAUCCUAUGAAAAGCUAUGAACUAAUUGACAAUCAUUCAAAUUUAAGAGGCAUGAGAUGUCAUGGGGUCAUAUUGGACAAUACAUUUUUUGCUAGCUAGCUGACUUGAUAUUUGAUGCCUAAGAUCACAAAUGGGCUAUUUCAAAAAUAUGCAUAAUAAUGAAACAUACAGAUACAACUAUAAUGCAUAAUAUUUGAAGUACUCCAUGUCAACAUUACAAUAGAUAAAAUAACGGUUAGACCUAACGGAAAAAAACAAAAACGAUUUCUAGGUUCAUAGAGGAAAUCUCAAAGAUUUCCUUACAAAACACAGCAAAUUUGAUCUCUUUGUCUAUUAAUCCUUCAUGAUCUUACACAAUAAAAUAUGCUCUAAAACAUGUGCGUAAACUCACACUUUGUACAUUACAAGAGUUUUUCUUUUCCUUUUACAUUGUUUUGUAAUUGUGGAUACAGUAAAUAAUACAUUUAUUGCAUGUAUAUACGCAUUGUGUACGUCUGUAAGGUAACUAAUGCCGAUCUUUUUCCAGAUGUUAGAUUAUCUAUAUCAACUGAUGAACAUGCGAGAGAACAGUCAAAGCUGAACUACAAACAACCACUCAGGAGAGAAGACACAAUUUAUUUCUCGAAAGGCUCUGUUCACAAACAUUUGAUUGUACCAGAUAACUAAGAUUUUAUUAAUGUAAACAAUACUACUUAUUGUGUAAAGUAUAUGAGUUUUCCUUGUCCAAUUUUUUUUAAAUCCAUUGCAUUAAAGCAAGGACUCAUUUUCUCAAUUGGCUUUCCUGUAAAUAAUUGUCAAGGAAGGGUCUUCCAAAUACAUAAUUAUAUUUUAACCUCUGAUGAUUUCAUCUUUUUAGAAUGUAGACACAAUAUAUAGUUUAACAUUCACAAUAAAAUAAUCAAAU